CUGGUAUCUGCCUUUGCAGCGACGCAUCAACAGUAACAUGGCUGUAAAGAUCUCAGACCACAGUGGACAUGAAGUUGAACACGGGCGGAGGAGACUGUCCACUGGUGUACGCCUGCAUUAUUACACAGCAGGCUCGGGACCAGCGCUACUUUUGCAGCAUGGCAUACCCAAAACAUCCUACUACUGGCGAAAAGUCGUACCGCGUCUGACUAAGGACUUCACUGUCGUUGUUCCAGAUAUGAGAGGCAUUGGUGACUCAACUCAUCCGGAUUCAGGUUAUGAUAUGCCCACCGUGGCUGAUGACAUUGCCGAAUUGAUGAAACAGCUGGGCCAUGAAAAGUUUCAUAUUAUUGGUGAAGACUGGGGGGCGGCAGCGGCCUAUCAGGUUGCUGUUCGACAUUCGACGAGAGUUUUGAGCCUAGUAUUUCAGGAAAUGCUGCUCCCAGGCUUGGGUCUGGAGGAAUGGGCAACAUUUGACUCUUCGAGGCCAGAAACACAUCUGUGGCAUGUUGCAUUUUAUCACGUACGGGAUGUUCCUGAAUUGUUGAUAACUGGAAGGGAGAGGGAGUACUUUACCUGGUUUAUCAAGAAUGAGGCACAUGAUCCAACAUCGAUCGAUGAUGAUGCUAUUGAAGAAUAUGUCAGAAGUGCAUCGCAGCCUGGUGGAGUGAGAAGCAUCUGUGCUAUUUACCGAGCCACGGAGAGAAACGUGCAGGCAAAUAAGGACUCUGCCAGAUCAAAGCUUCAACUGCCUGUACUCGCCAUCGGCAGCAAGGACUUUAUCGGCCAGGAGGUCGAGAAGCAGAUGAUGAAUGUUGCCAGUAAUGUUCAAUACCAAGAGCUCAAGUAUGGGCACCAGCUUGCAGAAGAAUGUCCGGACAAGCUAUCCGACAUCUACCUAGACUUCCUUAAGUCUCUGUGAGUUUAGUUUAUCAGUGUUGGUAUCAUGUUGGUGCCACAAGGUUGAGAAGCGUGACGGAAAAGUAUCAUGGCGGGAAUGUAAAAAGGUCAAGGAGCUAAGCAGCCUCAGUACUGAAUCGCACGCAUGAUUCGCGUAAAGAGGGAGAUAAUCUUUCUGGGUCUCCUUGAGCGUUGAACCGUUAUACAAUAGUAUAUCUAGUUGUGGAUGCAAAAGCUAAUAGUAUGGUUCCCCUCGCUCCUACGCUAAUACCGCCAGACUUUCUCAAAG